AUGCAUAUUAAGAAGAUGAAAAAAAAAUAUGAUCCUUAUACCCACAAGGAAGAUAUUAAUAAUAACAUGACUAACACUUAUAUAAAUAAAGAGGAAGAUAGAUAUUCAAAUAUGAAUAAAGAAAAUUUAUUGAAUGAACUAUAUAAUAUGAAACGUUCUUAUUUUGAUUAUAAUCAUUUUUCUAAUUAUAUCCAUUUUUAUGAAAUAUAUAGUAAUAUAAAAUGUAUAGCUCAAUAUGAAAGGAAAAGAAAGAAAGGAGAAUUGUUUUUUAUGUAUUAUGUUAGUAGAAGAAGAUAUAUAUUUUUUUUAAUAUAUUUAUUAUUUUUAUUAAUUAAUAUAUUUUUAUUAUUUCGUUUACAAAGUUUAAUCAGGUGUCCUUUUUUAAAUAAUAAUAUUUAUUUGUAUGAGAUAAAUUUCCAUGUAUUUUUUACUUUUUUUAUUCUUAUUUAUUGUAUAUUAAAUAUAUAUUUAUUUUAUUUCACAUAUAAUAUAUUAUUACAUCAUAUAAAUAUUAUGUGUAUUAUUAUUCUACAAUAUUUAUAUAAUACAUAUAUCAAAGAAAAAAAUAAAGAAAUAUAUAAAAAUACUGAAAUAUUAAUUGAAGGAUGUAAAAGAAUAUUUAAUAAUUUAGAUAAGAAUUUUGAUAAUAUUAUAUUGUUAUAUGCAGAUCAAAUAUUUAAUAAAUUUACAAAUAUAUUUAAAUAUAUAAAUAAAGAAAAUUAUCCAAUCAAUAAUAUUUAUGAUUUACAUAAUGAAGACUCUUCUAUAUAUAUUAAAAGUAAUGAUGCCUCGUCAGAUAUUAUAUUAUUAAAUGAUGCAUACAAUGAGAGUAAUGAAGACGAUCAUAUAAGAACAAAUAAAAAAGGUAUUCACAAUAAUAUGAUACAUAUGAAAGAUAAUUAUUAUAACAAUAAUAUGAUACAUAUGAAAGAUAAUUAUUAUAACAAUAAUAUGAUACAUAUGAAAGAUAAUUAUUAUAACAAUAAUAUGAUACAUAUGAAAGAUAAUUAUUAUAACAAUAAUAUGAUACAUAUGACAGAUAAUUAUUAUCACCAUAAUAUUUCUACUAACAAAAAUAAUAAUAUUAAUACAUGUUGUGAUUAUCCUUAUUAUAAUAAUGAAGAGGUAAAGCAUAAAAAUAAAAAAAAACAAAACAAAACCAAAAAAAAUAUAAAAAAUAAUAAUAUGUGUCCAAGAAUUAUUAGCAUAAAUAAUGAUGAUUUCUAUAAAAAUUUAAAUUAUAUGUCAGAUGAUAUUACAUAUAAUAUAAAAAAUAAUAAUAAAGAUGAAAAUAGAAAUGUAAUAUCAUCAUAUAUACCACUUAUAUCUAGUAGAAGGAAAAGUAUAUACAACAUAUUUGGAAAUACAAUAUAUUCUAAUAUCUAUGAUAUAAGUAUGCAUAUGAAAUAUAAAUAUAAUUAUAUACAUUCUUUAAUGUUAAAAAAGUGUCAAGACAAAAUUAAUUAUAUAAAAUUCGUUUUUUACUUUUUCCCUUAUAUUAUAAAUUUAUUUAUUAAUUUAAUAAUUAAUUUUUAUAUUCUCUUUUCAGUAUUUUAUUAUAAUAACACAAUACCUUUAGCUUCAUCAUAUGAAUUAACUAAAAUACAUUUUUUUAACUUGUUCAAUUAUAAAGGUGUAUACUAUAUAGUAUUCAUUUUUUUUAUUAAUUUUUUGUUUUUUCUAUAUUGUCUUUUUUUAUAUAAAAUAAAUACUAUCUAUUUUUUCUUGCGACAAAUAUACAAGCAAUGUAAGUAUGAAUCUAUAUAUUACUGUGAUCAUAUAAUGAAUGAAAUAUAUGAGAAUUUUAUAUUCCUAGAAAUCAUUAAUAAUGUUUUUGACGAUGAACAACAAACACAAGACCAAGAGAAGAAGGACAUGGAAGAAAGAAAUUUUUCGGAUUAUAUAAAAAAGAAUAAAACAGAAUCUAAUAUGGAUUCUUAUGAUAUACAAGAUAAUAACAUCCCACGAUUUCAAAAAUAUAACAUGAACAAAAAAAAUGAAGAAAAUAAAAAUAAACACUACCAUCAUAUAAUAACAAAUACACAAUAUAUAGAUAAUAAUGAUAGCAAGGAUAAUUCAAAUAUAAUUUCACAAUCUAUUAAUUCUCAUACAAAUACACAUAUUCAUAAUAAAGUGCACAAAUGGGUUCAGUGUGAUGAUGUUAAGCCUACAAAUGAGACAGAUGUUUAUAUAGACAGUAAUAAAGAUAUGAACAAAUAUAUUAAUAUAGAUCACUUAAAUGACCAUAAAAAAAAUUACCAAUAA